CGUGGAGGCAGCUGGCUCUGGUACCGGAGCGGCCCGGCUGCAGUCUCCACCCCGGAUACCGCACUCCUGCCCCGGCUCAUAUAAAGGUAGCACGACUAACAGGCCGUCCCCGGGCUGCCCUUGUUUCUUGUUGAUGGUUAGACUCUGCGAGAGAAGGAUGAAAUUCCUUGUAGCUGUCACAGUCAUUGUGGGGUCAGUGAUUUUCCUCGCGUUCCCAAAUGGCUCCUCCGCCGACGAGAAGAAGAAGGGCCCCAAAGUAACAGCGAAGGUGUUCUUUGACAUAAGAAUUGGAGAUGAAGAUGUUGGAAGAAUCGUCAUCGGCGUAUUUGGGAAAACCGUUCCCAAAACAGUUGAUAACUUUGUUGCUUUGGCGACGGGAGAGAAAGGAUUUGGUUACAAGGGCAGCAAAUUCCACAGAGUCAUCAAGGAGUUCAUGAUCCAGGGUGGAGACUUCACCAGAGGAGACGGCACUGGAGGCAAGAGCAUCUAUGGAGACCGUUUCCCCGAUGAGAACUUCAAGCUGAAGCACUACGGUCCUGGCUGGCUCAGCAUGGCUAACGCCGGCAAAGACACCAACGGCUCUCAGUUCUUCAUCACUACCGUUCAGACUCCAUGGCUGGACGGCAAACACGUCGUCUUUGGGAAAAUUCUGGAGGGGAUGGAUGUGGUGAAGAAGAUUGAGGCCACAAAGACAGAUGGCCGCGAUAAGCCUCUUAAAGACGUCAGCAUCCACGAUUGUGGCAAAAUCGAGGUGGAGAAGCCAUUCGCAGUGGCCAAGGAGUAGAGUGCUGCUUGUGGGAAGAACAAAAAACAGGACUGGUGGGGGGGUGGGGGUGUUGGGAAGGGGCGAAUCGUGCAGGCCACCUUGUUUAUCACUAACAGCCCUGGUCCUGGAGAAGGGGCUUCGGGGUCAUUCGGUGUCUGUGGCUGCCGUCUUAAAGCACCAGAAGAGCAUUAACAUCGAGCAAUCAUGACGACACUCUGGGUCCAUUUACCAACGAGCAUUCCAAGGUGCACUUAACUGUUCGUUGUUUUUUGUAAAAAAUGAAAUCUGAAAUAAAGGUUUCAAUUUUUGUUAAA